CAAUAAUUUUUAUUUUCCCUGGUCUGGCCCGAGGGGCAGUUCAAACAGGGAGCAGCAGAUUGAGCCCCUGGGCCUCUAUGUCUGCACGUCACUGUUUUCUGUCAUUUUAGCGUCCACUCCUUCCUUUUCAUCUGCGUCUUUUCAGUCGUCGUCUGAAUGUGCAACAAUCUGAGGGAGACCAGCUCCAUUAUAAUAUCACUCAUCGGUAUAACCUUAAGUAGUCGGCGUAAAAUAUCCACCGCAAUAUAAAAUGGAUUAACAAACUGGUUUUGUUCGCGCUUUCAAACAACGCUCUCUGUUCCCGGGGAGCUGAUGGAAGAUGACCCUUUUCUCUUCGCUUGAGGAGGCUGUUCUGCUGUGUGGGGGAGUGGGUUACAUCCUGUGGCGUUUCCUGUGUUUGUAAACUAGACCGUCUUGAAAACGUCGGGCGAGUGAAGCUAAAAGUUUUAAUGCUAGAUGAGUGAGGUGGGUGUGGCUUCCCACCAGCCCGACCAUCCUGACUGACGGAUCUCUGGAUGACCUUGUCCCCACCCCUGUCCCUGCGCUCACAUACACCACAGCAAUGUCACAUCUGCCCAGCAGCUCAGUCCGCGACCAUAUGAAAUGGGCGGGGCUGCUUGGCUGUGAAGCUGUCCUCUCCAGUAUGGCCCUAAUGCAAGCCAGCUCCAUGGCUGCUCCGCCCAAAAAAAUGAUGGCUCCACUUGGUCAUGCACCACCGCAGCGAGAGGGACCUGACCGUGGUCCCCAGAGCCACAUGAUCCUCCCAUCUGGAAUGAGCUGUCCACCCCUGCUUAUUCGGAAGGAAGGUGAAUUCCAAGCUCCCCGCCUGCUGGACGAGAAGGAGAUGAGGGCCAACGAGGACAUGCAGCAGAAAAAAAAGAACAGGAAAUCAGUAACGCCCUGUAAAGUGAGAGAACAAGAGGGAAGGGGUGGGAAGGGCACAGGAGAUGAGAAUGGUCCAUCAUCCAAAGUGCAGAAAAACUUUAUUUGUGAUCACUGUUACGGAGCAUUUAGGAGUGGAUACCACCUGAAGAGACAUAUCCUCAUUCAUACAGGGGAGAAGCCGUAUGCUUGUGCCGUAUGUGACAUGAGGUUUAUUCAGCGUUACCACCUGGAGAGACACAGCCUCAUUCACACGGGGGUGAAGCCGUACGCUUGUUCCAUGUGUGACAUGAGGUUUUUCCAGCGUUACCACCUGGAGAGACACAGACUCACUCAUACGGGGGUGAAGCCGUACGCUUGCUCCAUGUGUGACAUGAGGUUCUUCCAACGUUACCAUCUGGCAAGACACAGCCUCACUCAUACUGGGGUGAAGCCAUACGCUUGCUCCAUGUGUGACAUGAGAUUUUUCCAACGCUACCACUUGGCAAGACACAGCCUCACUCACACGGGGGUGAAGCCAUAUGCUUGCUCCAUGUGUGACAUGAGAUUUUUCCAGAGAUACCACCUGGCAAGACACACUCUCACCCAUACGGGGGUGAAGCCAUACGCUUGCUCCAUGUGUGACAUGAGAUUCUUCCAGCGUUACCAUUUGGCAAGACACAGCCUCACUCAUACUGGGGUGAAGCCGUAUGCUUGUACCAUGUGUGACAUGAGGUUUAUACAGCGUUACCAGCUGGAGAGACACAGUCUCACUCAUACAGGGGUGAAGCCGUACGCUUGCACCAUGUGUGACAAGAGGUUUUUUCAGCGCUACCACCUGGCGAGACACAGCCUCACUCAUAUGGGUGUGAAACCUUAUGCUUGCACCAUGUGUGACAUGAAGUUUUUUCAGCGUUACCACCUGGCGAGACACAGCCUCACUCAUACGGGUGUGAAACCUUAUGCUUGCACCAUGUGUGACAAGAGGUUUUUUCAGCGCUACCACCUGGCGAGACACAGCCUCACUCAUAUGGGUGUGAAACCUUUUGCUUGUACCGUGUGUGACAUGAGGUUUGUUCAGCGUUACCACCUGGCGAGACACAGCCUCACUCAUACGGGUGUGAAACCUUAUGCUUGCACCAUGUGUGACAAGAGGUUUUUUCAGCGCUACCACCUGGCGAGACACAGCCUCACUCAUAUGGGUGUGAAACCUUUUGCUUGUACCAUGUGUGACAUGAAGUUUGUUCAGCGUUACCACCUGGCGAGACACAGCCUCACUCAUACGGGGGUGAAGCCGUAUGCUUGUUCCAUGUGUGACAUGAGGUUUAUUCAGCGUAACCACCUGGAGAGACACAGCCUCACUCAUACGGGAGAGAAGCCAUUUGCUUGUGACAUGUGUGAUAUGAGGUUUAUCCAGCGCUACCACCUUGAGAGACACAAGCGUGUCCAUAGUGGGGAGAAGCCUUACCAGUGUGAACGGUGCCAGCAGAACUUUUCACGGACAGACAGGCUGUUGCGGCAUCGGCGGUUGUGCCAGGGUCGCAGCGUAGCCAAAGUGGAGAACCAGCCGUGCUGCGAACCGCGCCCGUACCCCCAAGAACCCCCACCUGCACCCCCGACCUGGAGUCCCCUGCAUCCCCCCCCGGGCCGACUGGCGGUCUGACAUUCCACCUUUCCUACAUCCACCAUGCCGGCAGAGACAGGACAAGCCACAGGGUUUCUUCACAGCUCUGUUCUGAGUGACGCCACACUCUAGCACAGACUGAUCUUGCAGCUCCAGUCUUGGUAUUACUAAUGACCGAAAGACAUUCGUGUUUUUGUUUUGUUGACUUUUUACUGUGUCGUUUCCCCCCCCCCCCCCCCCAUUUUUUUAAAGACAAGACUUUUCUGUGAUGAACAGUGGUCCUGUUUUGUACUUAUUCUAUUUGAUUUUUGCAAAAAAAAAAGGAAAAAAAAGUUUUUAUUGUUGUUCAAAUAUAUCUGCAUUUGGUGGUACUCGGGAGGGGCGGCGGGUAUUGUUUAUCCUGACGUUUUAGCAACAAAAUGGGAUGAAGUGGUGAGAAAACAUAUUUGAGCGUCUUUCUAAUUUUUCCUCAUGUGGCCCAUUUUGACUCAAAAGGAUCAUUGCUCAGGUGAAAAUUAGUAAAACCAAACUGUACUUCCUGGUAAAGCAAGGAAACCACUCUGCUGGACCUGAUCUCACCUGCUGUAGCAGCUAAUACAGUGUUGAGCAUUAUGACAUUUCACUGAAAGCAGUUUCUGGUCUACAUAGGAUUAGAGCAAUAGGAUUUCCCUGACUUUAUCAAUAUGGGAGGUACAGUUUCGCUCAUUAUAUUGUGUAAAUAAUUUAAAAUGUUUAUUAUUAUUUUUGUUGUGGAACUUGAGUGAUGAUUUUUUUGUUUUUUUUUUUUAAUGUACAAAAUGGGCCAGUAACAAACUAAACAUUAGAAAUUUGUUCAAAUACAGCCUGUUACCGCAGUUUCGAUGAAAUCCUGAGGGAACCUGAGUAACUUUCUGAGUGUGUUUUAUUAAAAAAAAGAAAAGUGAUAUCAAACAGUGCUUCAUAACUGUAAACCAGGAGUUCAAAGAAGUGGAUGAUGAGAGGGCAGCCUGCCGUUGACUGGCGCUUUGUCAUACAUGAGAAGCAUAGUUACGGGAGUGUCACCUGUGGCUCUCAUGUUCUGUGUUGUUCUGAUGUGCUGGUGACUCAGGAAAUGGCACAGGACGGCAUCCUUAGCGAGUCGUCCUUCCACACCUGUCGUGUGUUUGGCAGAGAAGCGUCUCUCCUCGCUCUGUCCAUACACGCGGUCUAAAGUAGUGCAGGUUGGCCACUUGAAGUCCCAUUAUGUUGUUUGUACAGAUUCUCACAUCGUGAGAUUAGCGGGGAUAUACAAAAUCUUGUGGCCUUAGUGUGUUUCUUUUUUUUCUUUUUUUUUUUCUUUUUUAUUUGCCUUUUUCUCAACUGUUUAUUAUCGUGGAUCAGAUGUAUUUACUAAGACAAGACAGCCUUUCAUCAUCAUGGUAUGUUUUUUUGUUUUGUUUUGUUUUUUUAUUAAUCCUGAAGCUGUCGUGGUUACAGAAUGUUGAUGGCUUCCAUGGCGCUAAAACAGACUAAUGUGUUCUCCUGUCGAGAGAGGUUUGUCUUUUGAUGAUAAUGAAUAUUUUGGAUCAUUGUUACUGAUUACAGUGUAACACAGUCUAUAGUCCUUAAGGAGCCCCUUGGAGUUUGACGGUCCUUGUGAGAAGUCAGUAGUGCUAAAUUUUUUCCUCCUGCAGAGCUUUGGCCCCGGUCACAGGCCACAGCAGAAUCAACUCUUGCUUGACUCUGUUACACACUAACAAUUGCCUUUUUUUAUCCAAAUAUUAUGUGAUUGGUGUGUAUUAAUGGAUGUCUGUCAUGUCAUUGGGUUUGGCCUUAAGUAAGUGCGGAUACACGAAUAAUCGUUGUAGUACUAAAUUAUAUCGUAACGAACGAUUCCUUUUACUUACGAUGAACUGUACUUUGUGAAAGUCUUCGAUGGUCAGCCAGCAAAGAGCUGGUUGAUCAGGGCCACUUUGCAGCCUAUUGGAAAUAUUUCCCAAACUUGCUCAGUGCUGUGACUGGAGAGCUAGAGACUGAUUUGUCCUAACUGUUCUGUUUCACCACAAAAUGUCAGUGCUGGGUAGGAGGAUUAUUCUGCAAGGCCAAACAUGCGUGUACUUAUCAAGAUGUUACAGCUGUUCUCUGAUGCAGAGCGAACAACCGCUAACUGAAACCAUCAAGGGUGAUUUCAGGGGUCAGAUGUCUCGUUUGGAUCAUGCUGAGUGAAGAAUUUUUUACAAUUUCUUUUAAAGGUCCAGUUAAGCCCUCGACUGAAUGUGGAGGUGGAAUCCCAGAGUGCUUUAUCUGGUCUCUGAUUUGUCAGAUGAACAGUUUGUUUGAUACAAAUAAGUGGGUGCUUACCAAGUUAUGUGAUUUUUUUUUUUUUUUUUUUUUUUUAACCAAAAGUGUUGGGAAAAGUUCUUCUUAAAUGGUCCAUUGAUAUCAAGGUGAAGUUGUGUUCGGAGGUGGGAUUCAGUAAGUAAAACCCAGUGGCAGCAGAGGGGCCAAGUUUGAGAAAUGCAUUCGUUUGUGAUGGAAACACUAUUCCAAAUCUGUGGAAGGGAUACUGCUGGCACGAGCACAUAGUGAAAUGGCUAAAGGGCAAUAGAGUAUAUAGUUGACGUCACUUGUUAAUACCUUUUUUGUCAUUUAUUGUUUUUAGUAUUCUCAAUCUCAUUGUCAAAAUGCAAUAGAAUCCUUGAGUCUCAGAUCUUUUGUUUAUAAGAUUGAGGUUUGAUUUUUCAGACGGAUACGAAGAAUCGUUUGUCUGAGAAUUUCUCAUCACGUUUUGAUGAUUGUUUCGAGGACCUUUUUUUUAUUGAUGAAAUUGUAAACACUGGAGUGAAAGGAAAAAAGACAAAAAAGAGAUGGAUAUUUUUUUUCCUUCAGACUGUACUAGAUUUUAGGUUUUAGACAAAGCCUAUUUCUCCUCAACUUGACACGGAAGGUGGACAGAACAAUUUGGAUCAGUACGGUUGCGAGCCCAGUAUGUUCGGUAAUUUUGACAUUAGAGGCAGUAGUACCACAAGAAAAUGUUUUCUUUCUUAUAUGAAGUCCCUGGUAUUUGUAGUAAAUUAUAUUGAUAAUGGUAUUAGAUGAACAACAGCAACAGUAGCUAUCACAGAUUAGUUGUUUUCUUUAUUAGUCUUGCAUGCAGAGUUAUGGUCCUCAGUUAAGAUAGGAUCUUGAUAUUGAUUAUUUUGUGUAGGAAAAUGAGUGCAUAAGAAUAACUUCCUAAAAAAAAUGUUACAAUGAUUAUUGUAAAAUGGGCUAACUAAUAUGUACCCUUGUGAUCCAAUUAGUUUCAAGUAUAUGAAAAUCAGAGGAGAGGCUUCUUACUAUUACGCUGAAAUAAAAGAAUUUGUAAUGGA